GGGCGGGAAGGCCCGGCAGGAAGGCUGACGUGUCCCGCCGGGACUGCCGGGCCGCGCAUGCGAUCCCACCCGCGCGGCCAGCGCCAUGGAGGAAGAGGAGGCGGGCGGGGACGGCCCGUCCGUGCUGUUCCUGCACCCGGACCUGGGCCUGGGCGGCGCGGAGCGGCUGGUGGUGGACGCGGCGCUGGCGCUGCGGGCGCGGGGCUGCCGGGUGCGGAUCUGGACGGCGCACUACGACCCGCGGCGCUGCUUCGCGGAGACGCGGGGGCUGGCGGUGCGCUGCGCGGCAGGGUGGGUGCCGCGCUCGCUGUGCGGCCGCGGGCACGCCCUGUGCGCCGCCCUGCGCAUGGCCUGCCUGGCCCUCUACGUGCUGCUGCUCAGCGGGGAGAGCUGCGACGCCUUCGUCUGCGACCAGGUGUCUGCUUGCAUUCCCAUACUGAGACUGGCCAGAACCCAUAAGAAGGUUUUGUUUUACUGUCACUUUCCUGACCAGCUUCUGACCACGAGAGAAUCUUUCCUGAAGCGUCUCUACAGAUGGCCACUGGACUGGCUGGAAGAGUACACGACUGGCAUGGCAGACUGUAUUGUUGUGAACAGCAAGUUUACUGCCAGCGUGUUCAAAGACACAUUUAAGUCCCUGUCUCACAUAAACCCAGAUGUCCUCUACCCAUCACUCAACAUCAGUAGCUUUGAAACAAUCGUUCCUGCAGACAUAGCUGACCUGUUACCGAUGAAAAAGAAGUUCUUGUUUCUUUCCAUUAAUAGGUAUGAGAGAAAAAAGAAUCUAGCAUUGGCUCUUGAAGCUUUGCACGAACUUCGAGGAAGACUUGAUUCUCAUGACUGGAAUGAAGUUCACCUGGUUAUGGCAGGUGGUUACGAUAAACGAGUUCUGGAAAAUGUGGAGCACUAUGAAGAGCUGAGAAGACUUGCAGCCAAGCUUGGUGUUCAUGAGCACGUGACUUUUCUGAGAUCGUUCUCAGACGAACAGAAAAUCUCCCUUUAUAGUAACUCUGUAUGUGUGCUUUAUACACCGAGCAAUGAACAUUUCGGCAUUGUCCCUUUGGAGGCAAUGUAUAUGAGAUGUCCAGUUAUAGCAGUUAAUUCAGGUGGUCCUUUAGAAUCAAUCUUGCAUAAUGUUACAGGAUUUUUGUGUGAUCCUCAACCAACCCAAUUCGCUGAGACAAUGGAAAAAAUUGUGAGAGAUCCUCUCUUAAAGGACGCAAUGGGAGCAGCUGGGAGAGUGAGAGUUAUGGAAAAAUUUUCCUCAGAAGCUUUCUCAGAACAGCUGUACCAAUACAUUUGCAAAUUAACAGAAUAAAAUUAUAUUCCUAUAUUAUAUUU